GACGAAGAUCCCUACUCCUCUCCUCCAAAACAGGAUCCGUAUUCUCGUGCACCUACUGGCUCAGCGCCGUCAGCAUCCCCUCUUCCUGACCGCUAUAACCGUGCCGCUGUGGGAGAUCCAUAUGCGCGUGGCGGAAAUGUUGAAGCGGACAGGGCUCAACUUUUCUCUGGCUAUGAUCCAACCAAGAGGAAAGGGGGAAAUAUGUUUGACGAUCGCGCGGAUCGUUUUGGUACCCCCGGAGGUGCUACUGGGGAUGAGCCACGCCAGUUCCAAACACAGGAGGAAGAAGAUGAGGAUGUUGAAGGAAUUAAGCAACAGACGAGAUUUGUCAAGCAAGAAUCUGUAAAUUCCACCCGUAACGCUCUUCGCAUUGCCCGGGAGGCUGAGGAGACCGCCGGGAAUACGCUCGCCAAGCUUGGAGAUCAGUCAGAGAAGCUGGCAAACACAGAGCGUCACGUCGACAUGAGCAAAGUCCAUGCUCUGCGGGCAGAGGAUAGGACCGACGAACUGAAGAAAUUGAAUCGUUCCAUAUUUCGUCCCGCCAUUACGUUCAACAAGGACCAAAAGCGAGCGCAGCAAGAAGCAAAGAUUAAGUCUCGCUACGACGAACAACAGCACGAACGCGAAAAAGCGAUGUCAGAUGUCCGCGCGACUCAGAAUCGCAUUGGACACGCAUACGCCUCAAAUGUCGAUGGUGAUGAGGAUGAGGGGAUCGGUGGGCGCCGACACCCCAGCUCUGAGGCCAGAAAGCAGCAACGGAAGCGGUACCAGUUCGAGGCUACGGCGUCGGAUGACGAGCUUGAAGAUG